AUCUACUCUCGUUUCCUUUGCCUUCACGUCGUCUCCUCUCCUUUCCAAAUGUUCUCUCCUAUUCACUAUUUUCAUUUCCUCAACUCUACUCCUUUCCUAUUCCUUCGUGUCACCUUGUCUCCUCUUUUCACUUCUCUCCUCUCAUCUUCUCACUUCUCCUCUCCUCUCUCCAGUCAGGACUAUCAACGUGGGAUUUUCCAGUCGAUCGGUUUUAAGGAGUUUCAUGAGUUCCUGACCGCUCCUGAAAGCAGCACCCAGCAGGAGAGAGACGCGCUUAAAGAUAAAGGAAUAGAAGCUUUGAAGAUUGCCACGAGGCGUUACGCCCGCAAACAAAAUAAAUGGGUCCGUAACCGCUUCCUUAAACGACCCGGGGACAACGUGCCGCUGGUGUUUGGCCUGGAGGUGACGGACGUGUCGAGGUGGGAGGAGACGGUGCUGAACCCUGCACUGCAGAUACUGGACAGCCUCAGCAAGGGGGAGGAGCCAGCGAUUCAGCCAAUCAGAGUGCAGGGGGAGGAGCAGCGGAACAAACGGAGCCGUAAUACGUGUGAUCUGUGUGAUAAGAUCAUCAUCGGAGACCUGGAGUGGACAGCUCACCUGAAAUCCAAAAAGCAUCACCAUCAUGUGAGGAAGAAGAGGAAGACUGACUCAGGCUGUGAGGUCUCCUCCUCUGCUGUGGACAGCGUCUCUGAGGACUCCUCUGCUGCUGUUACCCCGGCAGCACAGAAACCUCUCAGGAGUCAUCCCCAGAAACCGUGACAACACACAAGGAAGUCCCUGUGACUUUUUAAGGGUGACGCAGACUCUCUGGAUAUCUUCACUCAGGUUCCCAACACUGUCCUGCACAAACAGCUGUUUUCUUACCGUCCUUAUAGGGCUGCUAACUUGGUUCCCCUUCUGUUUGAUCGUCCUGGAGUACUAUGGGAUGACACAGGAAUUUAUGACACUGAAUGUGGAUGCCAAUGAAGAUACUCGAAAUUCAAAACCGAUUUUUUUACCUUCAUCCGUAAAGUAUAUAACCUUCAAGCGGUUCAUCUUGAGGCUGAAGGACGAUUCAACAUUGGAGACACAAAGGAAGACCUUGACUUUUGAUGUGUGAUUUUGAAGGUGGUUUUGUUCCCCUUGCCUGUUAUUUAAAAUAAUUAACUUUAUUUUUCCAUUUUAAAUGACGUGGCUAUUUUUCAUACUGUCCAUAUCUUCAAUGUUGUAUGUGUUAGCAUUUCUGGAUUCAAGUUUUUUAGUUUUUUUUUAAACUUGUCUUUAGCAUAAUCACAUUCUCUUUUCCCUUCAUCCACUAAAUUAACAUUUUCAAAAAAUGAAGGAUUUUAAAGUUUGUUUACUAAUAGAGGAUGUAUUGAUUUGAUGCGGCAAACUCCACGUCUGUAAAGUGCCUUUAAACUGCAUAUUCUCUAAUGGCCAGCAGGGGGCGACUCCACUGGUUGAAGUGGGAAGUUUGAUUGUAUAGAAGUCUAUGAGAAAACUGAACUUAAUUCUCACUCUGUGUUACCUCAGUAAACAUUUUCCCAAUGAA